AUGGUGCGUCAGCUGCACGACGGUAUGAUGGCGCGAGUCACGGACAACGGAGCUGUCUCAGAGGCAUUCGCAGUGACCAAUGGAGUGAAGCAGGGCUGCGUACUGGCGCCUACCAUCUUCAGUCUUAUGUUCUCUGCCAUGCUGAUGGACGCCUACCGCGACGAACGCCUCGGGAUCCGAAUCGUCUACAGGACGGACGGUCAUCUGCUGAAUCAACGGCGUAUGCACUUCCAAUCGCGCGUAUCCACAACUACCGUGCACGAACUCCUCUUCGCCGACGACUGCGCCCUGAACACCACCUCCGAAGCGGAGAUGCAACGGAGCAUGGACCUAUUCUCCGCCGCCUGCGAGAACUUUGGGCUGGUCAUUAACACGCAGAAGACGGUGGUGAUGCACCAACCGCCGCCCAACUCAGCCACAGCCCCCAACGCGCCGCCGCAAAUCAGCGUGAACCGAACCCAACUGCAGGUGGUGGAGAACAUCCCGUACCUGUGCAGUACUCUCUCCCGCAACACCAAGAUCGACGACGAAGUCGCCAACAGGAUCUCGAAAGCCAGUCAAGCCUUCGGUCGCCUCCAAAGCACAGUUUGGAAUCGCCACGGUCUUCAACUGAGCACGAAGCUGAAGAUGUACAAGGCCGUCAUCCUGCCGACACUACUGAAUGGAGUGGAGACUUGGAUGGUGUACGCAAAGCAGGCACGUCGUCUGAACCACUUCCACCUCAGUUGUCUUCGUCGCAUCCUGAGGCUUAAGUGGCAGGAUCGAAUCCCCGACACUGAUGUGCUGGAACGGACGGGAAUCCUCAGCAUCUACGCCAUGCUGAGGCAAAUUCAGCUGCGCUGGAGCGGCCACCGGGUGCGCAUGGACGACGAGCGACUACCCAAGCGACUCUUUUACGGAGACGUCGCGACGGGUUCUCGCCGUCAAGGAGGCCAGAUUCGUCGUUACAAGGAUACCCUGAAGUCCUCCCUGAAAUGCCUGCAGAUCAAUCCCACCAACUGGGAAGAGCUCGCACUCGAUCGACUGACCUGGAGGAGGACAGUGAAGACAGGCGCUGCGAUAUACGAAGCCAACCGCAUCGCUGCCGCCAAAGCGAAACGUGAAACCCGCAAAUCACAACUUCGCCCAGUAAGCAACGCCGCCGCACAACCGCUUCCAACGUGUCCUCGAUGUCAACGGACAUUCCGGGCUCGAAUCGGACUUGUUGGACAUCUUCGGAUUAACUGCGCCUCUCGAACGGCACCAACCAUCGUCCCCCCGCCUGCCUCUUCCUCCUCCUCUCCGCCGCCAACCAACCCCGACAAUUCUUCUGACCCACCACUUCCAUCAUCAUCAUCAUCAUCAUCAUCAUCAUCAUCAUCAUCAUCAUCAUCAUCAUCAUCAUCAUCAUCAUCAUCAUCAUCAUCAUCAUCGUCGUCGUCAUCGUCGUCAUCAUCAUCAUCAUCAUCAUCCUCCUCGCCCACUGCUCCAACGGCGGCCGCUCAGACGACUGUCCCGCGCACAACAACCGACACUACCACUACCUCCCCCGACUCCAGGGAUGAGGAUCACGACUACACCUGCCCUCACUGCGACCGUACCUUCACCUCACACAUCGGCCUGGUCGGUCACUUGCGAAUCCAUCGCACAGAGACUAGAGAACCAGUGCGUGAAGCACCAACCUACACCCACCGCACUCGCCUCCACUGCCCACACUGUCCUCGCACCUUCAGGCAUCGCAUGGGCCUUUUCGGCCACAUGCGCAUCCAUGAGAGCGGCCUUGACCGCACUCCCGACACACCCACCACAUCCACCGCGCACACCCCCACCCUCGUUCCAUCCGUCUGCGCCACCACCACCACCACCGCCUCCUCUGUAGCUGACACUGACUCCGCCGACUUCUCAUGCCCACACUGUCCACGCACAUUCACCUCACGCAUCGGCCUGGUCGGUCACUUGCGAAUCCAUCGCACAGAGACUGGCGAACCAGUGCCUGGAGCACCCACCUACACCCACCAAGCUCGUCUCAACUGCCCACACUGCCCUCGCAUUUUCAGGCAUCGCAUGGGCCUAUUCGGUCACAUGCGCAUCCACGACGACCUGCGGUAG